AUGAGCGCCGACCCUUCCAAUAUACAGCUGCUCACUUCUGAGCUCCAGGCGACCCUAAAAUGCGAUAUCCUGACUCCCGACUCUCCUGGGUACGCCGAGAGUAUUCUGAGGUGGAACGAUGCGGUUCCCAAUAACGCUGCUAUCGUCGUCUAUCCAACCACGCCAGAAGAAGUCUCGACAACUGUUGUCGGUUGCGUCAAAUAUAAAGUCCCAUUUGCAGUUGCCGGUGGGAAGCAUACCACCAGUACUGGUUCCUCUUGCUCCGGUGGUCUCGUUAUCGAUCUUGAACACAUGCGUUUUGUGAUGGUGUUUCCCAAUACAAAGUCCGUCCGCGUAGGCGGGGGGUGUCGUUGGAAGGAUGUCGAUGAUACUCUCGUGAACUUUGAGCUGGCAGUGGUCGAGGGUAUUGUGAACGACACUGGUGUUGGUGGUAUUACUCUUGGAGGUGGGUACGGAUGGCUUGCACCACGCCACGGCCUUAUCAUUGACAACCUGAUGGGCGCGAAGAUGGUUCUGGCUGAUGGAAGAAUCCUUAAUACCUCAGCGGAUGAAAACCCCGACUUAUUCUGGGCUAUUCGUGGUGCAGGACAGUGCUUUGGGGUGGUUGUAGAAUUCCUGUUCCAGGCCCACGACCACAAGGAUCCAGUGUGGGCAGGCAUACUUGGGCUUCCUCUAUCACAGGUUGAAGCCAUUAUUGGGUUUGGCAAUACCUUGGUGGAAACGACGGAUGGAAACUCUGCGAUGGUCGUACAGCUCUCGAGGUACGAAUUUACGGGUUCUGGCCGUGAAUUGGGUGUCAUAGCGGUUGUCUUCCAUUGCGGCAAUGCUGGGUCUGCUCAGCCUAUUUUCCAACCUUUGCUUGACUUGGGUCCCGUUAUUAACACGACCAAGGAACAGACUUACGUCUCUGUCAAUAACAUGCUCACCGCUGCCGCAAUUCGAGGUGGGCGCAACAUCUCAAAGGGCGCAGCGUAUACUACGCCACUACGACCAGAGUUCAUCAGAGAAGUUCUUGUUCCCGAGUUAGACAAACUUCACCUCGAGGUACCGGGGUCAGAUAGGUCCAUGCUGGAAUUCGAAUUCUACAAACCGGACAAGUGGUGCGAGAUUCCGGUGACUGCAACAGCGCAUGGCCAUAGAGGGCGCGUCCAGAACGUCAUGAUUGGUCUCCAUUGGCUAGACCAGCAGGACGAUAUCAGAGUAGAGAAUUGGUCUCGCUGGAUCGCGGGCCUCGUAACGACAGAGCGAGAUAAGAAUGGCGGUCCAGCCGCCGGUCCGGUUACAGAGUAUGGAAACUAUGAUCACUUGUCGGCUCAUCCUCGAGACGUCUUUGGGGUUAAUUACGACCGACUCGUCCAGCUGAAGAAGGUGUAUGACCCGGACAAUGUCUUCAACAGCUGGUACUCGCUGGUUGGGCCCAACAGUGCCGCAUUUUUAAAUGGAACAAAGGAGCAGCAGAGCAUUUGGGUGGUACUGAUAGCACCGUAUACACCAGAUAGGAGCACUUGA